CAAAACAGAAAUGGCCGAUGAUGAUACGGCAGCCACUGGGCGAGACGGCUUAGAGCCUCAAGGGAAAGAAUCUGCAGCUAGCAAGGAGAGUGUUGCUACUCCUCAAAGCUCCACAAACACAGCAGCAGACGAGGGAACCUCUCCCCGAUCCUCGCCGAAACGCAAACCAGUGGGUUUAGACUCGGACGGAAAAGGACCGCAGCGCCGAAAGACAGAUCGCAAGCCUACGCUGAAAACGUGGCUGUUGAAUUCACUGAAAAGGAAAGGGAGACGAAAAGACAACGCUGCCGCGUCUUCUCGUCGCUCGGUCGACCUCGAAACGUCCGAUUUCUCUUUCCACCAGCCUUCGCGAGUCUCUCCAGUGGUAAGGAAGAAAGGGAGUCCUUCACUUGAGCUCCACAAGACCUUCAAGCGACAUUCUUUUGUUGACGUUCAGACUGUCAAGGCUGCUAUUCAAGAGGGUGUAGAUGGUCUUCCAUCAGAAAUAAGAGUGAGCCAGAUAGAAAUUUUGUGUAGAGUGGGGAGUUCUCUUUCGUGAUGAAGAAUAGCUGGACUUAGCUAAUUUUGGUCAUUUUUCCUACUUUUCCUUUGGCUGAGUUAACAAUACAUCACAUUGCCCCAUUGCGCCUUGUGCAUCAGCACAUCCUACUGCAAAUAAUAUGGUUAAAGUUUCACUUCCUACAUUUUCUCGCCACAUUGUUUCUUAUCCUCCCAGGGUGGCACACCUCUCCACUACUACGUAUGGACAGACUCUGUCAAGAAGGACAAGACUGACUUCUUGGUCUCUCUUUUGACCACUGCUGAGGUGGAGGUUGACUGUAGGACUGAAGAUGGCAAUACACCCCUACACCUGGCUGUGAAGGUACGUAUACCAUUGACAUGCUUGUUGUGAUAGUUUUGUGCCGUUCAGGUUAGUUAGCCUUGUAACCUCUGAAACCCUUACGUAAGCCAGUAAGAUCACUUGCUGGGAGGGGCGGGCGACUAUAUGGCUGAAAUGCUAGUGAAUUAUAAGUGAUUUUCAGGCCUUGUUUUCACAAACUUAGUAGCAUAUUCAUAUUCCUCCUCCAUACAAUGGUUAAACCGAUGUACUGAGAGAGGGUCUGAG